GUUCUGUUGAGAAUUCAAUCCCAAUUAUCCAUUGAAUCGUAAACAAAUUUUCAGUUCAAACUUCCCUCGUUCCUGUUCUUCUCUUAUCUUCUCCGUUUCGAAAGCCGUUAACAGUUUUCUUAGAAGAUAAGGUUUAGGCAAAACCACAAAAAAAGAAAAAGUUGCAACUCGUGUGGAAUAAAACCUUGGUAAGAAACUCAGUUAUUGAGUUAAACUUAUUUUUAUACUCAAUAAUCAUUUCCAUCCCAUCUUCUUCAUGAGGUUUUGUUAAUAUUUAAGAAAAAGUUUCGAUCUCUGGAUUCAACAACAAUGCCAGAGAUCGAAGACACCGCCAGUUCUAGCACAGCCACCGACUCGUUGGAAAUUUCAUCGGAGAUCACGCUCUUUGGAAAGUACGAGAUUGGCAAGUUGCUGGGAUGCGGCGCCUUUGCUAAAGUUUACCACGCGCGCAACGUGAGGACGGGGCAGAGCGUCGCCAUCAAAGCCGUGAGCAAGCAGAAAGUUGUCAAAGGAGGCUUCAUGGCGCAGGUUAAGAGAGAAAUUGCUAUCAUGCGCCGGCUUCACCACCCUAACAUCGUCAAGCUCAUCGAGGUGUUGGCUACCAAAACUAAGAUUUAUUUCGUCAUGGAAUUCGCUAAAGGCGGGGAGUUGUUCACCAGGAUUGCCAGGGGACGCUUUAGCGAAGAUCUCAGCCGUCGGUAUUUCCAGCAGUUGAUUUCAGCCGUCGGAUUUUGUCACUCGAGAGGCGUGUUCCAUCGCGAUUUGAAACCGGAGAAUCUCCUCCUUGAUGAAAACUGGAAUUUAAAAGUAUCGGAUUUCGGACUCAGCGCCGUGACGGACCAGGUCCGACCAGACGGCCUCCUCCAUACGUUAUGCGGAACCCCAGCUUACGUGGCGCCUGAAAUUUUGGCCAAGAAAGGAUAUGACGGCGCCAAAGUCGAUGUGUGGUCCUGCGGCAUCGUUUUGUACGUUCUUCACGCCGGAUAUCUACCGUUCAACGACCCCAAUCUGAUGGUAAUGUACCGUAGGAUUUACAAAGGCGAAUUCCGGUUCCCGAAAUGGACGUCUCCUGAUCUCCGUCGAUUUUUAGGUCGCCUUCUUGAUCCCAAUCCUGAAACAAGGAUCACCCUCGAUGAAAUCAUCAACGACCCUUGGUUCAAGAAAGGUUACAAAGAAAUCAAAUUCAACUCCGAAGACUUUGAAAUGAAAGAAGAAAAUCAGAGUAACAAGUGCUUGAACGCCUUUGAUAUAAUCUCGUUUUCGUCCGGUUUCGACCUAUCCAAUUUGUUUAAUGAGGCCGAUUUUUGGGUCCGGAGAGAUCGAUUUAUAUCGGGAGAGAAACCGGAGAGAAUAUUAGGGAGAAUCGAGGAGGUUGGAAGGACGGAGGACGUGAAGGUGAGGAAGAGAAAAGAGAGAGGGAUACGGUUGGAAGGGCAGAGUAGUAAUUUCGUUAUCGCUGUAGAUAUUCAUCAGUUAACGGAAAAGCUGGUAGUGGUGGAGGUGAGACGGCGGGAGAUGAAUGUCGGGUCGAGUGGUGAAAUUUGGAAAGAUAAGUUAAGGCCGAAACUUUCCGAUUUGAUAUACAAAGCGGAAGCAGGGCAGGUUUCCGAUAAUUUGUAAUUAACAGAGGAUUUAUCGGUAAAGCUGAGAACCGGUGGGAAACAAUGGCUUCUCGACCGCUGUAAUAUAUUCAACAAAAAAGAAAAAAAAGAAAGGAAAAACCCUUUGUAUGUUUAUUUCGAUUCUCAAAUAAUUUCCUGCAUAGCUUUUUCCGGCAAAUCGGAACAAAGCCAAAUCAACUUACCGGGUUUCCUGUAUUUCCGUUUUUGCCCGGCUUUACCCUUUAUUUCAAUUAUAUUACUAGUUUUUCUGAAUA